UCGGAUGACCUUUUAUACCGCAUAAAUAUGUCUCACAGGACACUUGUCACGGGGAGCUACAAAAGAGCCUUUCUCGUAACACCUGUACGUGACAAAGAUAGGCUUAGGCCAUAAAAACCCGGUACAGGGCCUAUUACCUGGCCAAUUCUGAUCAGUUCCAAUUUGAGACCCGAGUGCGGCGCUAUGAAGCUCGCCGGUCGACUCCUCAUCGUGGCGUUUGUGAGCGUCUGGCUCACAAGCGAAGCCAAGCGUUCUCUCCAAACCAGUGUCACGGCUAUUCCUGGCGCCCUCGACCGUCCCAUGAGCCAAGGAGCAGGGAAGAACAAAAAAGAAAAAGCACUGGACUGCGGUCGCCAUCUCGUCAAACCUGGAACUUCUGUGACGUUCAAAUCCAAAAGUUAUCCGGACGGUUAUCAGAAGGGGAAGUGCACGUGGUCAUUCCGGACCAAGAAGGGCGCCGCUCUGGCCAUGCGCUGCAGCGACUUCAUGCUCGAGGAAACGCCAAAGUGCAAGAAAGAUUUCAUGCAGAUUAACGACUAUUCCGGAGAGAAGAAGAAGUAUUGCGGGCUGCAGAAAUCCUUAGGUACAGCCAAGUCUUCUUCUCGACUCCAAGUGAAGUUUAAAGCAAGCAAAAACAGAUCCUACAAAGGGUUUUCUUGCACUGUUGAAUCAAAGGUUGUCUCCGAGUCUUCCAGGUCAAAUCUGUGUGCUCCUCUCAACUGCGGCUUGCACUACGUCGCGCCCGGGACGUCCCUUGGCUUCCAGUCGGAGAACUACCCCGAGGACUACCCGGGAAGGACGCAGUGCACUUGGUCCUUCGCUACCGAUGAGGGCGCGACGCUGGCCAUCUUCUGCGACGACUUCUCCGUCCAGAAUUCGAGGAGCUGCAGGAGAGACUUCUUCCAGGUCACGGAUUUCGCCAGUUUCAAUGACAGGUACUGUGGCACCAGCGACGAACUCAUCAUCUCGGGACAGAGUUCAGCCCUAGAAGUGUUCUUCAAGACCAACAAGCGAAAGUCCUCCAGGGGGUUUUGCUGUGCCGUUACAGCCUCUGAUGUUUCAGUUCCCCAGACUCCCGCCCCAUCUCCGACCUCUGCACCAGGCGGAUGUUCGUGCGGCCGAGUGAACCGAUUCUCCCGCAUCGUCGGAGGAAGUGAGACCGAAGUGAACGAGUACCCUUGGAUGGCCGGUCUUAUCGCCAACAGGAACUUCAUCUGUGGCGGCGCUGUGGUCGCUGACGAAUGGGUGCUGACGGCGGCCCACUGUGCUGUGUACAUGGACACCAGCGACGCCGUCCUCCUCGGCGACCACGACUAUUUCCACCGCGCUCUCGGAAAGCGCAAUAUACCUCCGUACGGAAUUUCUCAGGUCGUGAUCCACCCGCGGUACGACGGCAACACCUUGGAGAACGACAUCGCCCUGCUGAAGCUUUCGUCCAAGAUCACGUGGCCUUCGGACAACACCGUCGCCCCCGUCUGCCUGCCUUCCGCCGGCGAGUCCUACGGCGACGUCAGAGCCACCGUGACGGGUUGGGGCGCCCAGUCCGAGAGUGGACGUUAUUUGCCACAACUCUACGAAGUGACAGUGACAACCUUGACAAACGCUGCAUGCAACUCUCUCUAUGACGGCGGAAUCCUGGAUGGCAUGAUCUGCGCCGGCGAUGAGGGGAAGGACUCGUGCCAGGGAGAUUCUGGCGGCCCAAUGAUCUACGAUGAGAGCGGGCGCUACGUGGAAAUUGGCAUCGUGUCCUGGGGAUCGGGUGCGCUCGGCCCGCAGUACCCGGGCGUGUACACGAGAGUGAACAAAUCAUAUGUUGCCAAGAAUCUGUCCCCUGAACACGGAGUUGAAUUUUCUCAUCCAAAGUCUGGGCUUGGAUUAGGGUAUUAUGUAAGACACCAUGCUGUCUGUUCACUCGGCUUAAUGGGCAAGAGGUCGUGGAACUUGCCUCCUGUGCUUUCCCGGGAGAUGGCAGAGUGA